GUGUAGCUGGAGAAAAAAGAGAGAAAACACUUUCUGCUGUCUGGAAGCUCAGGGAACGAGGGAGUGUGUGCGGGACGACACAGGAGACUCUGGCCAAAGUUUUUUUUUUUAAUCUUUAGGGAUUUGUGCAAAACCUUCAGCUAACGAUGCAGCGGGAGAGGAAAUGGUGAUCCCGGUAGAAACGGACAUAAGCUUGUGAGUGAAUAGACGGCUUUACCAUGGCUCUGAACAAGAUUCAGGUGAUCAAAGGCCUUGAAGAUGUGACAUUGUGUGAAAAGGAAGCCUGGACGUUCGAGGUGACUCUGAGUCAUGCUUACAUCCGAGGCAUGUGGACAAGGAACGGGCUGCCGUUCAAAUCGAAGCCCACGUGUCGUAUCACAAUGCAGGGGAAGAGACACACUCUCACUCUGACACGUGUCUCCCUGUUAGACAUGGGCCUGAUCACCUUUCAGGCAGAAGGAGUGGAGACCUCGGCUAAUCUCACUGUCACAGCCAGAGACAUACAGAUCCUAAAACAUCUUCAGGAUGUCAGUGUGACGGAAAGGGAAAGUGUGACAUUUGUGUGUGAAGUAAACCUGGAGGACAUGGAUGGAAAAUGGUUCAAGAAUAGCAGCAGGAUAAAAGCCAGAGACAGCAUUAGAAUUAGACAAGAAGGUAAAACUCACUCACUGACCAUCAAAGCCAUCAAGCCAGAAGAUGCUGGUGAAAUCACCUUCACAGCAGAGAGAGUUUCAUCAACAGCAAUGCUAAGGGUCAAAGAGCUUCCAGUUCAGAUUAUGAAACCACUGCGGGUGAAGGUUGCCAUGUAUAGACACCGCGCUCUGCUGGAGUGCCAGGUCUCCCGUGCUAACGCUGAGGUCACAUGGUACAAACAAAAUAGAGAAAUUGUACCCAAUGGGAAGUACCAGGUUAUUAGUGAAGGUCUUUACAGGCAGCUGACCAUCGAAGAAGUGGGAUCAUCAGACGAGGACACCUUCAUUUGUGAUGCUGGUGAUGAUAAGACUUCUUGCCAAUUGUUUGUAGAGGAGCAGGCUAUCAGCAUUGUCCGUGGACUGAGCUCAGUCAAAGUAAUGGAGCCUAAGGAGGCUCGUUUCAGAGUGGAGACAAGCAUUAAAACAGAACGAGCUCCUAAAUGGACUUUGAAUGGGGAGCUGCUAAGUUCUGGCCCUGAGAUGAAGAUCAAGCGGGAAGGAACGUCACACUGGCUCACUUUCACCAACACCAACAGCAACAUGUGUGGCAUUAUCCAGUUCAGCUCAGGGAAGAGCAGGUCGACUGCCCAGCUUACUGUUACAGAGCGCCCUUUGGUGGUCACCCAACCCAUUUCAGAUGUGGAGGUUAAAGAGAAUGGCUUGGUGACUCUUAGGUGUGAGUUUUGUCCUUCCCCAAGAGUGGUACGCUGGUUCAAGGGUAGAACUCCUUUACUGGCCUCAAGCAAGUAUGCCAUGAGGCAGGAGAAGAACCACGUCGAGAUGACCAUCAUGGGUGUGAAGGCUGCAGAUACAGGGGAAUAUCGGUGCCUAGCUGGUGGAGCUGAAAGCAGGGGUCGAGUCAAUGUAAAAGUGAAACGGCUGAAGAUCAUACAGCAUCUGGAACAUGUAGAGGUCGAAGAAGAAGAAACAGCAGUGUUUUCCUGUGAGCUAAACCAUGAGGCACCAAAUGUUCAGUGGCUUCUCAAUGACAGGGUUAUUCAUGCCAGUCACAUGAACAAGAUCCAGAAUUCAGGCAAAGUGUACACUUUGGUCCUGAAAAGGCUUACCCCGCAGGAGAGCAAGGUGACCUUCAAGACUGUCGGCAUUGACGAGUCCACCAUACUUAGGGUCAAAGAAAGGGCAGCAGUGUUUCUUAGAUCUUUGGAAGAUGUUGUGGCUGAGGAACGUGGCAAAGCUUGUUUACAGUGUGAAGUCUCCAAGCAAGCAGUGACCCCUGUUUGGAAGAAAGACAGUAUGGUCAAAAAUGCCAGUGAGAAAUAUGAAAUUCAUCAACUGGGAAAGUCAUUAUCUCUGAUCAUUCACAAACUCACAAAAGACGAUGCUGGGGAAUAUUCUUGUGAUGUCGGGACUAGCCAAACAAAAGCCAAGCUUGUCAUUCGUGAUCUGCACAUCACCAUUGUCAAGCGGUUGCGGACAAUUUCAGUUUUUGAAGGGGACUAUUGCAGUUUUGAAUGUACUCUGUCACAUGACAUCAUCGAUGAACCCUCAUGGAUACUGAAUGGCCAGCUGAUCAUCAGCAACUGUCGAAUCCAAGUUGCUAACCAGGGGCGCAAGUAUGCCAUGAACAUCCAAGAGGUUAUGAUUACAGAUGCUGGAGAUGUGGUCUUUACCAUCAAGGAUCUCAGUUGCAGGACCAUGCUGUUUGUCAAAGAGAAGCCUGUAUGGGUGUUUAGGGACAUGCUAAGUGUUAAGGCAGUACCUGGAGAAGAUCCAGAGCUUAGCUGUGAGAUUACCAAACCUGAUGUGACCAUCAAGUGGUUGAAAAAUGGCCGGAUGAUCAGGUCUAGUUCUAAGUAUGAAAUUAUCCAAAAAGGCAAUUUGGUUACACUAGUAAUUCAUAAUGCAACUGUAAAGGACUCUGGAGAGUACUGCUGUGAGGCUGACGGGAUUGCCACCAGGGCAAGGUUAGAGGUCAGAGAUUUACAGCACACAUUUGCUAAGGAGCUAAGAGAUGUAACUACAGAGGAAAAGAAUAUGGUAGUCCUGGAGUGUGAGACUGAAAGACCUGCCACCAAGGUGACCUGGUUAAAAGGCAUGGUGGUGCUUAACUCAAGUCAGAAGUACCUGAUGUUGAAGAAAGGUGUUGUCCUCUCACUCACCAUAUUCAACCUUGAGAAGGGUGACAGUGAUUUGUACACAUGUGAUGUUGGGACAAUGCAGAGCAGGGCUUUACUUACGGUACAAGGUCAGAAAGUGCUUAUCUUGGAUGAACUGGAGGAUGUUGAAUGUCUAGAAGGGGGCAUUGCUGUAUUCAAGUGUCGUAUCUGCCCAAGUGACUUCACUGAGGUUAAAUGGUAUCUUGAUGAGACUCUGCUUUAUACUAAUGAUUUAAAUGAGAUCCAAAUGAUCAGUGGUGGCUACCACACUCUUACCAUCAAGCAGCUUGCACGCAAAGACACAGGAACAAUAUCUUUCGAAGCAGGGGACAAGAGAUCUUAUGCUUCACUGCUAGUAAGAGAAAGACGCCCAACAAUUAUCAAACCAUUAGAGGACACUGAAGCUAUUGAGGGAGGAAAUUUAAAUCUGUUAUGCAAGACCUCAAAACCAUGCCAUAUCCUGUGGUAUAAGGAUAGUUGCUUAAUGUGGAAUUCCUCCAGCUAUUUCAUGACUCGCUCUGGAAGUGAGGCCAGGUUGACCAUUCGAGAAGUUAAGGACACUGAUGCAGGAGUGUAUGAGUGUAAUGCAGGAUCCAUCAGCACCAAGGCCACAGUGACUGUUAAAGCUGUGCCUGCUGAGUUUACGAGGCAGCUUCAUAACCAAGAGGCUGAUGAGGGAAGUAGUGUGACACUGUUCUGUGAAUUCUCUCUACCUGGUGUUCAGUAUUUGUGGCGCAAAGGAGCCGAAACACUCAGGUCAGGAGAGAAAUACCUAAUGAAGCAAAGGAAAAAUUAUCUUUCUCUUACAAUCCACAAUGUGAAACUUGAGGACUCAGGGACUUACACGUGCAUUUGUAGAAACCAGCGGACCAUGGGCACUGUUACAGUUCAUGCUAUUCCCAUCACAUUCACCAAAGAACUUAAAAAUCAAGAAUCAGAGGAGGGCAUGGCCGUGACAUUACGCUGUGAGCUCUCCAAAGCUGGAGUACCAGUAGAGUGGAUGAGGAACAAUGAAGUUCUCAGUCCUGGGAUGAAGUAUCAGAUGCGACAAAUAGUAUCCAUACAGGAGCUUGUAAUUAGGAAUCCACUGCCAGAGGACAGUGGAACAUACAGCUGUGUGUGUACUGACCAAAGGACCAAAGCCACAAUUCAGAUAAAAGAGCAACCGAUCAGCUUCACAGCGAAGCUAACAAACCAGGUUGCUGAGGAGGGCAAGACCAUGACCUUGCACUGUGAACUGUCCAAAGCUGGUGUUCCAGUGGAAUGGUGGAAUGGAGAAGAGCUUCUCCAACCUGGACAAAAGUAUCAGAUGAGAGAAAGAGAUGCAAAACAUGAACUUAUCAUCUGUGACACUGUGCCUGCAGACAGCGGAGUCUACAGAUGCAUAUGUGGAAACCAGAAGACCAAAGCAAUGAUCAAAAUUGUUGGUGUGGCUGCUACUUUCAAGCAAAACUUGAAGAACCAAGAAGCUUUAGAAGGAAGCAAUGUUGUACUAAGAUGUGAGCUCUCUAAAGCUGGUGUGCCUGUGGAAUGGUGGAAAGGUGAAGAACAUUUGAUGCCAGGUGGGAGGUAUCAGAUGAGACAAAACGGCAGGAUUGCUGAGAUGGAAAUCACAAAUGUUCUUCCUAACGAUGCUGGAAUGUACAGUUGUGAUACAGGAAACACCAAAAGCUCCGCAGAGUUUGUUUCUGUUGCCAAAGCGCUUCUGAUUACUUUCAAACGGGAGCUCCAGGAUCAGGUUUGUAAAGAAGGGGACAUGGCUGUGUUCAUCUGUGAACUGUCCAAACCUAGUGCUCCAGUAGAAUGGAGAAAGGGAAGAGUUAUUUUAAAACCAGGAGAGAAGUACAAGAUGAGGCUGGAAGGAAGGUUAAACAAACUGGAAAUAAGCAACCUGGAAGAAUGUGAUUCUGGAAACUAUAAUUGUAAAACCAAAGACGCACAAUCAACAGCUGAACUUACUGUGCAAGCACUUCCUGCUGCCUUCAAAAAUGUUCUGAAGAACCAGGAGGCUCAAGAAGGAAACAGCAUCAGUUUGCAAUGUGAACUUUCCAAAGCUGGAGUACAUGUGGAGUGGUGGAAGGGAAAUGAAAUGUUAAGAACUGGGGAGAGGUAUCAGCUGAGAAAAAAGGAUGCAACAGUAGAAGUUUUAAUAAGGAAAGCACAACCAGAAGAUAGUGGAGUGUAUCGCUGUGUUUGUGGAGAGCAGAGUACUGAUGCAUACAUCAAAGUCAAUGCUCUGCCAAUCAUGUUCAAGCAAGAACUGAAGAACCAAGAAGCUGAAGAAGGGAACAAUGUCAAUUUGCGUUGUGAACUCUCAAAGUCUGGAGCUCAGGUAGAGUGGUGGAGAGGAGAAGAACUCCUUAAGCCUGGGGAGAAAUACCAGAUGAGACAAAUGGCCACAAAAAUGGAGCUGGUCAUCAGAAAAGUAGUACCUGAAGAUAGUGGUGUGUACACUUGUGUAUGUCCAGAUCAGAAAUCCAGUGCUACAGUUAAAAUAAAAGCUUUACCAGUGAUUUUCAAACAAAACCUGAGAAACCAAGAAACAGUGGAAGGCAAGAGUGUCACUUUAUGUUGUGAACUUUCCAAACCGGGAGCAUUGGUGAAAUGGUGGAAAGGUCAGGAGAAGCUGACUGGGGGUGAAAAAUACCACAUGAAGACUGAGGGAAAGACUGUUGAGAUGGUUAUUAGGAAUGUUGGAUGUGAGGAUGCUGGUGUAUACAGCUGCACAGUUGGGGACCAAAAGACUACCUCAGAAAUUAAAGUUCGGGCUCUACCAGUCACAUUCAAACGAGAGCUCCAAAAUGAAGUUUCCAAAGAAGGGGGAACUGCCAGGUUUAGUUGUGAGCUCUCAAAACCUGGUGCUCCAGUGGACUGGAGGAAAGGAAGAGUUAUUCUGAAGGCAGGAGAUAAAUAUGAGAUUAAGCAAGAUGGAAAAACUGCCACACUUAUCAUACAUAAUAUUGAGGAAAGUGAUGCUGGAUACUAUUCAUGUAAAACCAAGGAUUCUGAGUCGACCGCUGAGCUUACUGUUCGGGUUCCACCCAUUAUCUUUAAAGUGAAGUUAAAAAACCAAGACGCUGAAGAGGAGAGCAAUGUACGCCUGCAUUGUGAGCUCUCCAAAGCUGGUGUUCCUGUUCAAUGGAAAAAAGGGAAGGAACUGCUCAAGUCUGGACUCAAAUACCAAAUUAUACACCAAGACACUACAAUGGAGCUAAUAAUCAAAAAAGCAAUGCCAGAAGACAGUGGAGUGUAUAGUUGCAUUUGUGGGGAUCAGAGUACUAAAGCCAACAUUAAUGUUUUUGCUGCUCAGGUCACAUUCAGACAAAAUCUAAUGAGCCAGGAGGCUCCAGAAGGAGGGAUCAUAGUCCUGCACUGCGAGCUUUCUAAACCUGGGGUACCUGCGCAGUGGUGGAAAGAUGAACAGGAGCUUAGUAACGGAUCUAAAUACAAGAUGAAGCAGGACGGGUUAAUUGCCGAGUUACACAUCCGGAACGUGCUGCCGAUGGAUGUUGGGGAGUAUACCUGUGUUAUCGGAGACCAAAAGACAACAGCUGAAGUUAAUGUCAGGGCUGCAGCCUCUGUGUUCUUUGAGAAAGAACUACAGGACCAGGAGGCCAUGGAGGGAAACUCGGUGGUGUUCCGCUGUUUGCUGUCAAGUCCAAAUGCACCAGUGGCUUGGAAAAAAGACUCACAGCAGAUCACACAAGGUGGCCGAUUUACUCUCCACCAAAAGGGCUCAACGCGGGAACUUGAGAUCAGGAAGCUGAGGUCUGAGGAUGCUGAGCGUGUGAGAAUUGUGCGAGAGCUACAGGACCUGACUGUAACUGCAGGAGAAGAUGCUCAUUUUGUGUGCGAGCUUUCACGUAGUGAUGUCACUGAUGGAGUGUGGUGGCUCGACUCCACUGUUCUGCAGGAAAACGAAAUGAAUCAGAUGAGCUGUUGUGGUCAUGAGCAUCACCUGACACUUACCAUGACAACACCUGAGGAGUCGGGUGUUGUGGCCUUUGUGGUGGGAGAAGAAUGGACUUCAGCUCAUCUACGAGUGAAGAGUAAACCCAAAGAACAACCUCUGUUUUUUCGUGAGGAACUCCAAAGUAUGGAAGCUGAAGAGGGUGAAACCGCUUUCCUGUGCUGUGAGCUUUCUAAGCCUGGAGUUCCGGUGCAGUGGAAGAAGGGAACCAUGCUGCUGAGACCUGGAAUUAAAUAUGAGAUGAAGCAGAACGGUUGUGAAUUAGAGCUCCAUAUAAAUGACUUGAAAUGUGAGGACAGUGGAGUCUACAAAUGUUGUUGGAAGAAAGGAGCCAUGCUGCUUAGACCAGGAGAAAGGUAUGAAUUCAAGCAGGAUGGUUGUAAACUCCAGCUUAAGAUCCAUGAUGUGAAGGGUCUGGACAGUGGAAAUUACAAAUGCUGUGCUGGUGGCUUGGUUACUACCGCAUCUGUUAUGGUAAAAGAACAGCCACCAUUCUUUCUUGAGGAACUCCAAAAUAUGCAAGCAGUGGAAGGAGAGGCUGCCUUGCUGUUCUGUGAACUCUCUAAACCUGGAGUUCCUGUCCUGUGGAAGAAAGGUGCAACCCGUCUGAGGCCUGGGGGUAAAUAUGAGAUUAGGCAAAAUGGCUGCAAAUUACAGCUUAAAAUACAUUACUUAACACAUCAAGACAGUGGCUUCUACAAGUGCUGCGCUGGUAGCCUUGAGACCAUCGCGUCCCUUGACGUGAAAGAAGUACCAGUAUUCUUUCAUGAGGAACUCCAAAAUCUGGAGUUGGAGGAGGGUGGAACUGCUUUACUAACCUGCAAGAUCUGUAAACCUGGGGUUGCAGUGCAGUGGAAGAAGGGAUCAGUCCUGCUUAGACCAGGAGAUAAAUAUAAGAUGAAGGAGAAUGGAUGUGAGCUACAACUUCAAAUUUGUGAUCUGACAUGUGAAGACAGUGGCACUUAUGGAUGUUAUGCUGAUACCAUAACAACCACAGCAACUGUUCUUGUAAAAGAACAACCUUUGUUCUUCUACAAGGAGCUCAAAAAUCAAGAAGCAGAGGAAGGUGAAACCAGCUUGUUGUGUUGUGAGCUCUCGAAACCUGGGAUUUCUGUGCAGUGGAAAAAGGAAACAAUGCUUCUGAAGCCUGGAGAGAAAUACGAAAUGAAACAGGAUGGAUGCAAAAUGCAGCUUAAGAUUCAUGAUCUAAAAAGUUCUGAUAGUGGCUCCUACAAAUGUUGUGCUGGUAGUCUGGUUACUACAGCAUCUAUUGUAGUGAAAGAAAAAUCUUUGUUCUUCUAUAAUGAGCUUCAAAAUCUGGAGGUAGAAGAGGGUGCAGUUGCCUUACUAUGCUGUGAGAUCUCAAAACCUGGAGUUGCAGUACAGUGGAAGAAAGGAGAUCUUCUUCUGAAGCCUGGACAGAAGUAUGAGAUGAAGCAAGAUGGAUGUGAACUGCAACUUAAAGUCCAUGAUCUGAGGAUUUCUGAUAGUGGCUCCUAUAAAUGCUGUGCUGGUAGCCUAGUCAGUACUGCAUCUAUUGUAGUGAAAGAAAAUCCUUUGUUCUUCUGCAAGGAGCUACAAAAUCUGGAGGUAGAAGAGGGUGCAGUUGCCUUGCUGUGCUGUGAGAUCUCAAAACCUGCAGUUGCAGUGCAGUGGAAGAAAGGAGCUCUUCUUCUGAAGCCUGGACAGAAGUAUGAGAUGAAGCAAGAUGGAUGUGAACUGCAGCUUAAAAUCCAUAAUUUGAGGAGUUCUGAUAGUGGCUCCUACAAAUGCUGUGCUGGUAGCCUAUUCACUACUAUGUUUAUGAUAGUGAAAGAAAAACCUUUGUUCUUCUGCAAGGAGCUACAAAAUCUGGAGGUAGAAGAAGGUAAAACUGCCUUACUGUUCUGUGAGAUCUCAAAACUUGGAGUUGCAGUGCAGUGGAAGAAAGGAGCUCUGCUUCUAAAGCCUGGACAGAAGUAUGACAUGAAGCAAAAUGGAUGUGAACUGCAACUUAAAAUCCAUGAUCUAAGGAAUUCUGAUAGUGGCUCCUACAAGUGCUGUGCUGGUAGUCUGGUCACUACAGCAUCUAUUGUAGUAAAAGAAAAAACUCUGUUCUUCUGCAAGGAGCUUCACAAUCUGGAUGCAGAAGAGGGAACAAUUGCUUUGCUCUGCUGUGAGCUCUCAAAACCUGGAAUUGCAGUGCAGUGGAAAAAAGGAGCUCUUCUUUUGAAACCUGGAGAGAAGUAUGAAAUGAAGCAGGAUGGAUGUGAAUUGCAGCUUAAAAUCCAUGAUCUGAUAAGUUGUGAUAGUGGCUCCUACAAGUGCUGUGCUGGUACUCUGGUCACCACAGCAUCUAUUCUGGUGAAAGAAAAACAUCUGUUCUUCUGUAAGGAGCUUCACAAUCUGGAUGCAGAAGAGGGAACAGUUGCCUUGCUCUGCUGUGAGCUCUCAAAACCUGGAAUUGCAGUGCAGUGGAAAAAAGGAGCUCUUCUUUUGAAACCUGGAGAGAAGUAUACAAUGAAGCAGGAUGGAUGUGAACUGCAGCUUACGAUCCAUGAUCUGAUCAUUUCUGAUAGUGGCUCCUACAAAUGCAGUGCUGGUACUGUCAUCACGACUGCAUCCAUUGUAGUGAAGGAAAAACCUUUGAUCUUCAGUAAGGAGCUUCAAAAUCUGGAGAUAGAAGAGGGAAAUACUGCCUUGUUUUCUUGUCAGCUCUCGAAAUCUGGAGUUUCUGUGCUGUGGAAGAAAGGAGCACUUCUUUUGAAGUCUGGAGAGAAGUAUGAAAUGAAGCAGGAUGGAUGUGAACUGCAGCUUAAAAUCCAUGAUCUGAAGAGUUCUGAUAGUGGCUCCUACAAAUGCUGUGCUGGUAAUCUGGUCACCACAGCAUCUAUUGUGGUGAAAGAAAAAUCUCUGUUCUUCUGCAAGGAGCUUCACAAUCUGGAUGCAGAAGAGGGAACAAUUGCCUUGCUCUGCUGUGAGCUCUCGAAACCUGGAAUUGCAGUGCAGUGGAAGAAAGGAGCUCUUAUUUUGAAACCUGGAGAGAAGUAUAAAAUGAAGCAGGAUGGAUGUGAACUGCAGCUUAUGAUCCAUGAACUGAGGAGUUCUGAUAAUGGCUCCUACAAAUGCUGUGCUGGUAAUCUGGUCACCACAGCAUCUAUUGUGGUGAAAGAAAAACCUCUGUUCUUCUGCAAAGAGCUUCAAAAUCUGGUAGUAGAAGAGGGUAAAACUGCUGUGCUCUACUGUGAGCUCUCUAAACCUGGAAUUUUUGUGCAAUGGAAGAAGGAAAUUAUGCUGCUUAAACCAGGAAGCAAGUAUGAAAUUAAGCAAGAUGGCUGUAAACAUCAACUUAAGAUCUAUGGCUCGAAGAAUCAAGACACUGGGAGUUACAAAUGUUGUGCUGGUAGUUUAGUGACCGCAGCGUCUCUCACAGUCAAAGAACAUCCAUUAUUUUUCUCUCAGGAGCUUGAAAGUCAAGAGGUAGAGGAAGGCAGGACUGUGAUGCUCUGCUGUGAGCUCUCUAACCCUGGAGCUUCAGUGAAGUGGAAGAAGGACAUGGUUCUGCUGAGGCCUGGAAAUAAGUAUGAGAUGAAACAAAAUGGCUGUGAAUUACAGCUUAAAAUUUAUGACUUGAAAAUUGAAGAUUGUGGCAUUUACAAGUGCUGUGCCAGCAAAGUGGAGACAUCCGCUACUGUUGGUGUAAAAGUGUUUCCAAUCAAAUCUAAGGACAUCCUUCAGGUACCACCACGCUCAAAGGGCAAGAGAUCCCAGCAAGGUCCUAUGUUAGAUGGAAAAAGCAAUGUCAUUGAACCAAAAACAUCACCUCUAAGGCACCAGUUGGCAAAUACUAUACUAGAGCAAUGGCAGGAUGACCAGUUGGAUCAUAGUGUAAAGAGGACAGAGGAGCAAGACUUUGAGAAGAAGACAUUAAUGAGGGAAAUGGGGAAGGAAAAUGAAGGAUUCCCUGGGAAGGACGAGGAGAUGGUGGAUAUUAGGAAGCCCACUCCUUCUCCUGAUGAUCAUGUUACUGCAGAGCAGAGUAACAAAGCCGAGAAGAUUGCAGUUACGACUACCGCAGACAUCCCUACUGAACAAAAUCAAGACAAUAUAAAGCAAGCACUAGAGUACAGAGUUACCACAGAGCAGAUAAGUGAGACUCAAGGCAAAAUUGUUCUACCAGCACCACCUUGCCACAAGGGAAAGUUCACCCAGCCACAGAUUCUGGAGCCAAAGAAAGAGGUUUUGGUCAUGGACCCAUUUGAAGACACAACCUCCAGAGGUUCUUCAGAUACUGGGAGUCAGUUCCUGGAUUUUGGAGAUAAAAUGACCAAAGAGAAAUACACCACAAAGGAAGCAUUAGAAAGGCAAGAAGUAAAAGAAGAGAUACCAUGUGUCCAUAGUGAAAGACGUAUAGCACCUGAAAAGACUCAAACCUUAAGUGAAGUGAAGGAGCAUCUUGCAGAGAAAGCAUCAAGUCAGCAUAUUAUUGAUCAGGAAUACAAGAAGCUACAUAUCAGUAAAGGAAAAACAACAGAAAUUUCCAUUAAACAACAAGCCCUGCAACAGAAAGCAGAGUCCACUGUGCAAAUGGAUUUUACAGAGCAGACAAACAUGAAGCAAUUGGAAGAGGUCCCAGAACCUUUAACAAUUCAGUCUCUGGAGAAGGUAGCAGCUCAGACCAAGAAUGAGGGUCUAGAUGUUGAUACUGUCAACCACAAAUCUUGGGAAGAGAUCACCAAAGCUUGUGAAGUUGCAGAGCUGACAAAGGACACCAACCGUCUGGAACAGCAUGCUCAAGAACCCCCAGGUACAGACAUAAGUCAAGAGGAUGAGACAGAGAUCCUAGAAGCAGCUAUCAAGAUCCAAGCUGCUUUCAAGGGCUACAAGGCUCGAAAGGAUAUGCGGCCUGUUUUCAAAACAGUGUUCAAGACCCAGAAUGUGGAGCUGAGUGAUACAUUUUGUUUGGAGUGUAUCAUUGAGGGUAAACCCAGCAUAGUGCAGUGGCUGAAGGAUGGCAUUGAGAUAAAGUCUGGGACACACCACAAGAUCAGCCAUCAUGAAGAUGGUAGGUGCUUGCUGGUUAUAGCUAAUGCAAGUUUCGAAGAUGCAGGGAUCUACACUUGUGAAGUUGCCAACAAGUUUGGUACUAUAAGUUACAAUGGGAAUGUGACAGUCAGCCAUCCAAAGAAGCCGAUAAAUGAAAUUGCGCAACCGUCAGCAACAGAACCAAUUUCUGGAAAAGAAUUUGAGAAGAUCUCUGAUAAGGAAGAGGACUCACUUAGGCUCAUCUAUGAUCUGCCUACAGAUGACACCUACAGAAAAAUUCAGGAGAAAAGGAAAAGUCUCAUUUCAGUUAGUUCUACAUCCUGUCCUUCAGAUUAUGAAACUGCCCCUGAUGUGGAUACAGACUACUUAUCCAGAGGAAAAGAAGUGGAAAAGACAAAACCCAAAAUGCAGCUGUCUCAAUGUUUAGAAGAAGAAAAAGGUAUCAGGCCUCAACCACAAAAAAACACCAGACAGUCAAAAGUAAAAGAGGGAAAGUUAGUAAGCAAGACUCCAUCUAAAUACUCUCACAGCCUCAAGACCUCAUCCAAUGUAGAGUCAGUCUCGGAGUCAGACGAGGAUUAUGAAAGAGAGGAGAUAUGUGAUAUCUAUGUGGCCAAAGUGGACUGUCACCCCAUCAGAGGCAAUAAAGAGACCUUUCUUCUUAAGGAAGGCCAGUUUGUGGAGGUCCUCGAUUCUGUGCAUCCUGUGAAGUGGCUUAUCUGCACAAAGCCAAGCAAAACCACUCCAUCCAGACAAGGAUGGGUAUCUCCAGCAUACCUUGAGAAAAAGACAAAGGAACUAUUUUCUCUGGCACAAGAAACAGAGACAAAAAACGCUUCUGAAAAUAGAAGAAAAACACCCUCUAAAGAUGAAUAUAGAGAGACAUCAAGUCAGUUGAUCAAAGGUCUACUUGACGAUGAAAACGAGUUUGUAAGAGAAAUGAAUUUCUUUGUGGAGCACCAUUUACAGCAUGUAGAGACAAGCUCCAAGGUUCCACUCACUAUUCUUAGCCAGAAAGAGUAUAUAUUCCGCAACAUAAAGGACAUCACAAGCUUCCAUGAAUGUUGUGUUUUACCGAAGUUAAGCCAGUGCACCACAGAUGAUGAUGUGGCUCAGUGUUUUGUAAAUUACGCCCCAGAUUUUGAGAUGUACCUUCAGUACAUUAUCGGCCAGUCUCAAGCUGAGGCCUGCAUCACAGAUAAACACACACAGCACUUCUUUAAGCAAUAUGCCAACACUGCUUUUGCACAUCUGGAUACUCGAGCCUUUAGUGUCAGCACGUAUUUGGAGAGACCUUUGGAGAGGCUUAAAACAUACAAAACUCUGUUCAAGGAGUUGAUAAGGAACAAAGCAAAGAGUGGCCAGAGCUGUUGCCUCCUCGAAGAUGCCUUUUCCAUGGUAUCCAGCUUGCCUUGGCGUGCAGAGAACGUGCAGCAUGUGUCCCUGAUUGAGAAUUAUCCAGCACCUCUCAAAGGGCUUGGAGAACCAAUCCGACAAGGUUCCUUCAUUGUAUGGGAAGAAGCACCCGGGACUAAAAUUUCACUCAGAGGUCAUCAUCGUCAUGUCUUCCUGUUCAAGGACUGUAUCGUCUUCUGCAAGACGAAAAGAGACUUGAGUACCCAGUCCAUGUUUUAUGUCUUCAGGAAUAAGAUGAAGCUGAGUGAUGUUGAUUUGAAGGAUACGGUUGAAGGGGAUGACCGAUCCUGGGGAAUCUGGCAUGAGCAUCGAGGUACAAUCCGAAAAGUCACCCUUCAAGCUCAUUCCAUGCUCACCCGCUUGUCCUGGCUCAAAGACCUUCAAGAUUUGCAACAGCGCAGCAAGCUUCCAUUAUGGAGUGCACCAUGCAUCGAACUGAUUCUUACUGAUUCUUUAGUUAAACUCGGACAAACCAUAAAACUUGUUUGCAAAAUCACGGGAGUCCCGAAACCUGUGGUUACUUGGUACAAAGAUGGCAUUGCUCUGAAGGAUGAUCAGCAUCACAUUAUCUCAGAAGGAAACUCAGGUGCUUGCUAUUUGGUUCUGACUUCUGUUUCCAUGGACGAUUCGGGUCAGUACAUGUGUUAUGCAACAAACCCCAUGGGGAAUGCUAGCACCCUGGCCAAGAUCAUUGUUGAUGUGCCUCCUAGUUUCACAACCAGACUUCAGAACACUCCUCUGGUGAAAGGGAAGGAUGUGAAAUUGCAGUGCUCAGCAGGAUGUAUUCCUGUACCCACUGUCAGAUGGUUUAAGGACAGCACACAGCUGGAGAAAAGCAACAAAUAUAAGAUUGAAACUGAUACACAGACUGGAGUCCUUUUACUGGUUAUAAAAAAAGCAGAAGAAACAGAUGUGGGACAAUACGAGUGUGAGAUAAUGAAUCAGAUGGGCAGUGCUAAGUGCAAAGCACAGUUGUACUCCACACCACCCACUGCGACAGACAGCACCAAAGAUCAACCUCAAGCCACCUCAGCUCCAGUCCCAGAGCAGGAGACUAAAGAUCCAAUCAGAGCCAUCCUCAUCAGCAGAUUCAGAAGGUUGGUCCAGUGCUUUGGUGAAGAACCUCUUCCAGAGGUUCUUUCAGUCUGGACCUUCCAAUCAAUCCGCACCUAGUACCGUGAGACUCAAGCAAUAGAGGAAGUAGAUGAGGAACCAUUGGGCAUCCCAGAGGAACACUAUGAGGAGACAUGCAUGUCAAGAGCAGAGGACGAUAAAUACACAGAUCCUCCAGUGGUGCAGGUGGACAUGGAGGAUCUGUGUGUACGGCCUGGACAACCUGCAACGUUUUCUGUGAUUAUUACUGGGCAGCCAAUCCCAGAGAUCAGAUGGUUCAAGGACGAUGUUGAGCUCAUCUCUGGUGAACACAUGGAAGUGAAGCAGAGUGGUGUCCGCUUUUCUCUUACUUUACUCAACGUCCACAUUUCUGAUUGCGGCACUUACACUUGUACAGCCAUGAACAGCUCAGGCCACACUUCCUGCCAUGCCCACCUCACCAUGGAUACAGGUCCAGAGGAAUUUGAAGAGGAGGAGGAAGAAGAAGAAGAGGAAGAGGAGGACAGAGGAUUGGAUGUGCACAGAAGGAGGAAACUCCAUACUGCUUAUGACAUCCAUGAGGAGAUUGGCAGAGGUACAUUUGGGGUGGUGAAGAGAGUUAUACACAAGGCAAGCGCAGAGGUUUUCGCUGCCAAGUUCAUCCCAUUGAAGAGCAGCACUCGCACCCGAGCCUUCCAGGAGAAAGACCUGCUGUCCCGGCUCGCGCACUGCAGGGUGGCCUGCCUGCUCGACUUCUUCAGCACACGGCGUACGCUCAUCCUCAUCACUGAGAUCUGCUCAUCUCAGGGAUUACUGGAGCACUUGUUAUCAAAAGGAUCAGCCAGUGAAAGAGAGGUCCGGGUUUACAUUCAGCAAAUUCUGGAAGGGGUUGGAUAUAUUCACAGCAUGAACAUCUUACAUCUCGAUAUUAAAACAGACAACAUCCUGAUGGUUUCCCCAGAUGGAGAGGACAUAAAAAUCUGUGACUUUGGCUUCUGUCAGGAGAUCGACCCUUCCAGGCAUCAGUACAGUGUCUUUGGGACUCCAGAGUUCGUGGCACCAGAAAUCGUUCAUCAGGAACCAGUGACCACAGCAACUGAUAUCUGGUCUGUCGGUAUUGUUGCUUAUAUAUGCCUGACGGGACACUGCCCCUUUUUUGGGGAAAAUGACCGUGCCACGCUGCUGAAGGUGGCCGAAGGGGUCCUGUACUGGGGCAUCCCAGAGAUCAGCAGCUUGAGUGAACAAGCCCAGGACUUUCUCCACACAGUUUUACAGCCAGACGCAGAGAUGAGACCAUCAGCAUUGGAUUGCCUGAAUUACAAGUGGUUUCAGAGUCCAUAUGAAGAGGAGCAGUUUGGCACUAUUGAUACAAAGAGUUUAAAAUCCUUUAUCUCGAGAAGAAAGUGGCAGCGCUCUCUAACAUGCCUUGGCUCAGUCCUGACCCUGAGGCCUAUCCCAGAGCUGCUGGAUGCUCCACAGUGCGCAGUCUCUGUCACAACCCCGAGAGAUCCUCGGAAUACCAGCAGCACCUCCGUGAGCACUGGUUCCUCCUCUGAAUAUGAUGAGGCUGAUGCCUGGGGCUUCUUCCAGAAUGCAAGCCAGGAGGAAGAUGAUGACAAGGAGGAAGAUGGUACAGAAUAUUAUUCAUAUGCUGAUCUUCCUAAACGAGGUUUGGCUCUAAAAAGAGAUGAGGAAGAUGUAAUAAUGGGUCAAGACCGAGAGCGGAGAGGUGCGUUGAUGAUUCCUAUCAAUGAGCAAUCCAUACAGACGCCCUCACCUUCUCCUGAACAGAUUAUCAGGGAGAGAAAAGAAAUCCAUUCAUCUCUGAAUCUUUCUGAAGAUGAUAAAGUGCCCGAUGGGACACCAAUCCCCCGUGGUAGCUUGAUCAGGAGCACCUUCUACAACAGUGAUGAGCAGCUUUCACCCAUGUCCGCCCGCCACAUGAUGCUCCGGGAUAAACUUCACGCCAGGAAACAGGACAGAGUACGUAGGUCGCUGCGCUCCAGCCUGUAUGGAAGGCUAAAUGAACCACUUAUAGAGUAUGUAGAGGAUUCUCCAGAUGUGGAAUCUGGCCUCAGACAUAGACGAGGUUCCACACUUUUGUCCAAGUCUUGCUCACUGGACAGAGGGGUGAGUCCUGUCUAUCCAAACUCCCGCACCCAAAGGAGGAGCAGGUCACUGGAUGAAUCCACAAGAAUCUCAGCAGCUUCUAUGGAUCACAGGACACUGGGAGAUAAUCAGGAAGAUCUAGAGUUCGACCAUAAUAAUGAGUUCACGGACGAGGAGGAAGAUGAACCCUCAGAGGUUCCUGUGAAUAGGAUAUCACAAAGUUCAUCACAGUCUCACAAGUCUACCAUGGAAGAGUUGCCAGUAAUCAUGGGGUCUAAUGUAGAUGACAGCCAGUUACACACUGGAGAGGAGGAGGAUGAGCCAGCAGCAAUGGGUGGAGAAAAAAAUAUAGUAGGUUCACAGCUGUCUCUAGCAGAGUCCUAUGACCUUGAACAUGACUCAGAUGCUUCUGGCAGAACCAACACCUACAUUAGACAGUCUUCCAGCCACCUCCCAAUUUCACAGAGACACCAUAGAGCGUACGAUGAAUCAGAGGAGCAUUUGGUUGCGCCAUCAUCUGGAAAGACAUCAGAGCUCUCUCUCUCACAGGAUUCUGAGGAUGAUGAUAUGGAGAGAGUUCUGAAGAGCCUUCGUCAAGCACCACUACAACAGCACACACACAGCACAAUAGUGAACAAGAACAACGUCGCAUUGAGGCGAAGUUCCUCCGCAGUUCCCAUACGCCCAGCAUCAGCGACCCCACUGACCCAAGAGGUGCUUCAGAGGCACUCAUCAGCUCCAGUGCUGGAGCUCAAACCCCCGAGUGGCAAGUCAAGCAAAUCUGGACUCAUGAAGAUCUUUCGCAGGAAAUCUUGGACUCCAGGACCCUCCAGCUCCCAGACACAGGGAUCUGAGAAGAAGGUUGAGGAAGGCUCAAGUUCACAGCAAAAGACCCCUCUCUUGGCCUUGAGGAAGAAGAUGAGGGCUUCGGCAUCCAGCAUCACCAAGCUGUUCACCAGGCAGUCCAGUAAAGAGGGCAAGGAGGAGAAACGGGGGCCAAUUGUGAAGAAUCCUGUUCCACCAGAGAAGACAACUGUCACCUCAGACUUUUUUCCAUCAGCUCCCUUCUUGGGAAUCCCUCAGAAAAAGCCAAAACUCUUCUCCCUCAAAGUGCCAACCUUCAAAAAGAACAAAGGAACACCAGCCAGGCCAUUCAAACCGGAUGUGAUCCAGCUCGCUAGUGGUGGAGCUCUGGUUUUCUGGAAGCCGGUGCAGUGCAGUGAUCCUGUCACAUACUGCAUACAGUAUAGCCUCAAUGGUGAAGAGUGGACAAUUUUGUCAGACAAUGUUACAGAUAGUUGCUACGUCAUUAAUACGCUACCCAGAGGACCAAGCUAUUUGUUCCGUGUGUCCUGCAUCACCAAAACAGGGCUGGGACCAUUCAGUGAUCCUUCACCACCUGCUUUUAUGACAAUGCCAUAUGAAGACUCUCACAUUCCUCUGAUCCUGACGGAAUCUACUGGGUCCAAGAUCACUGUGCCAGGAGGACUUGGCUCAGAGAGGUCCUACAGCUUCCAGUCUGAGAUCAACAGAGGCCGUUUCAGUGUGGUGAUGCAGUGUGAGGACAGUAGGACCUCACAGCUCCUGGCAGCCAAGCUGACUCCGUACGGGCCAGAGCAAAGGCAACUGGUGCUGAGGGAGUACCAGGUGCUGCGCAGGCUGUGCCACCCAAAUCUUGUCCAGCUCCAUGCCGUCAUCCUCACAUCCUCCUUCCUGGUGCUCAUUGAGGAGCUCUGCUCUGGACGAGAACUUCUCUACAACCUGGCUGAGAGGGACGUGUAUUCAGAGCUGCAUGUGUGUGAGCUGUUAAGGCAGCUCCUGAGUGGUGUGGAUUACCUGCAUGGACGCCGAAUCGUCCACCUCGACCUCUGCUCCGAUAACAUUCUGGUGACUGAGCGCAACGUGGUGAAGAUCGUGGACCUGGGCUCCGCUCAGCCCUUCACUCCAGGCCACGCCCUCAACAUUGAGCACAUCAAAGAGAUGACAGAGAGCAAAGUUUACAUUGUCCUUCCUAAAGCUCCUGAGAUCUUGCAAGGUCACGGUGUCGGACCUGCCACAGAUAUCUGGGCUCUCGGUGUUCUGGCAUUUAUUAUGUUGAGUGCCGACAGUCCGUUCCACUCAGAGCUCCACUGGGAAAGCGACCGCAACGUCAGGAAGGGUAAGAUCCAGUUCGGCCGCUGCUAUCCUGGCCUUUCUGAGGGAGCCAUCAACUUCCUGAGGAGCACGCUGAACAGCAAGGCCUGGGGAAGGCCGUCAGCUGCAGAGUGCCUCCAGAACCCGUGGUUACGAGGAGAAGGAGGAGAACCGUCCAAGCAUGCAGCCUCGAUGCUCUGCUUCUCCACCGAUAAACUGCAGGCCUUCUUGAAAGAGCGAGAAGCAAAACGUGACCGCGCUCGCACCAAAGUCACAUUGACAUUCAAUUCAAGUUAAAAACACACAAAAAUACCCCAGAAUUUCUGAUUGCAAGGACAAAAGAAAAGCAGCUUGACUUCAGCACAGGAUUUAGAUCUUUUUUUUUGUUUUUGUUUGUUUUCAAUUUUGCAUAA